UCUUAGGAUGCAGAGAUAACAACACACCUAUCACUUCACGGGACACGAUUUGAUCAAAGAUUUCAGAAUCAUGCAGACAAACUUUUAUUUAUACCUUGCCAGCUGUGCGCUGCUGCUCGCGCUCUCCUGCCAAGUCGCCAUAGGAACACCACUGCGCACACUAGGGUGUUCGGACACUACAAAAAGCAAGGAGUAUGUGGACAUCUCCAAAGAACUCAUCAAGAAUGUUAGGAACCUCCUGGACAGCGAAGACCUUUUUAUAGGCCUAAACUGCUCAGAGCAGCGUGUGGAGCUCAACGCUAAGACCCAGACAGUACAGGCCUGCAAACCCAACACGGACAGUAUUACAGGAUGUUCAGGUCAACAGAACACCGGAUUCAGUGAGAGUGAAUGUCUGAGGAACAUCAGUGCAGACCUAGGACAUUAUAUUGCCUCACUUAAGGCUUACAAACAGGCCAACCUCGACCAUACUGUCACCCUCACCAAGCAACUACUCAAUUUUCUGACACAACAAUCGGAGCCCUCUUCACAGGUUGCAGACUCUAAGCUGACCAGUGGUAACUCUGUUGACCAGCGAGUCCAUCUGUGUAAGGUACUGAAGGGCUUCCACCUCCGGAUCAUCACCAUCAGCAGAGCCAUGGGCUACAUCUCUGCUGGGGACCAUAGGAAGUAAAAUUGAAUCAUCAGUGACAUCAUCAGACAUCAGCCUCAACUACUAUGCCAUUAUCAUUAUCAUAACUGAUGAAUUCUGCACUACACUCAGUACCUGUCGACAGAAGUGCUGAGUAUACAGUAUAAGCUAACUAAACUUUGGCUCAGUUGAGCUAAAUGACAGUGUA